AUGCUGCGCGCCGCACUGCCCCUGCUAGGGCUGCCCAUGGCCGGGGCGGGGACCACAGCAGAGCCCACUCAGGAGUUGGUGUCGCGGGACGAGCCUCCUCCAGGUCUGGAGCUCUUCCGCUGGCAGUGGCACGAGGUGGAGGCGCCCUACCUGGUGGCCCUGUGGAUCUUAGUGGCCAGCCUGGCCAAAAUCGUGUUUCACCUCUCCCGGAAGGUAACAUCUCUGGUCCCUGAAAGUUGCCUGCUGAUUUUGCUAGGCCUGGUGCUAGGGGGCAUUGUCUUGGCUGUAGCCAAGAAAGCUGAGUACCAGCUGGAGCCAGGCACCUUCUUCCUUUUCCUGCUGCCUCCUAUCGUGUUGGACUCAGGCUAUUUCAUGCCUAGCCGCCUAUUCUUUGACAACCUGGGUGCCAUCCUCACCUAUGCUGUGGUGGGCACGCUCUGGAAUGCCUUCACAACAGGCGUUGCCCUCUGGGGCCUGCAGCAGGCUGGACUUGUGGCUCCUAGAGUGCAAGCUGGCCUGCUGGACUUCUUGCUGUUUGGGAGCCUCAUCUCAGCAGUGGACCCCGUGGCUGUGCUGGCUGUCUUUGAGGAGGUGCAUGUCAAUGAGACUCUCUUUAUCAUCGUCUUUGGCGAGUCCCUGCUCAAUGAUGCAGUCACUGUGGUGCUGUACAAAGUCUGCAACUCCUUUGUGGAGAUGGGUUCUGCCAACGUGCAGGCCACUGACUACCUGAAGGGAAUCGCCUCCCUGUUUGUGGUCAGUCUGGGCGGGGCAGCCGUGGGCUUAGUCUUUGCCUUCCUCUUGGCCCUGACCACGCGCUUCACCAAGCGGGUCCGCAUCAUCGAGCCGUUGCUGGUCUUCCUCCUGGCUUAUGCAGCCUACCUCACUGCUGAAAUGGCCUCCCUCUCUGCCAUUCUUGCGGUGACCAUGUGUGGCCUGGGCUGUAAGAAGUAUGUGGAGGCCAACAUCUCCCAUAAAUCACGUACAGCUGUCAAGUAUACGAUGAAGACCCUAGCCAGCUGUGCUGAGACUGUCAUCUUCAUGCUGCUUGGCAUCUCAGCUGUGGAUUCUUCUAAAUGGGCCUGGGACUCUGGGCUGGUGCUGGGCACCCUCUUCUUCAUCCUGUUCUUCCGAGCCCUCGGCGUAGUCCUGCAGACGUGGGUGCUGAAUCAGUUCCGGCUGGUCCCUCUGGACAAGAUUGACCAGGUGGUGAUGUCCUAUGGGGGCCUGCGGGGGGCUGUGGCCUUUGCUCUCGUCAUCCUACUGGACAGGACCAAGGUCCCUGCCAAGGACUACUUUGUGGCCACCACUAUUGUGGUGGUCUUCUUCACAGUCAUCGUGCAGGGCUUGACCAUCAAGCCGCUGGUCAAGUGGCUGAAGGUGAAGAGGAGUGAGCACCACAAACCCACCCUGAACCAGGAGCUACAUGAGCACACUUUUGACCACAUUCUGGCUGCAGUGGAGGACGUUGUGGGGCACCAUGGCUACCACUACUGGAGGGACAGGUGGGAACAGUUUGACAAGAAGUACCUGAGUCAGCUGCUGAUGCGGCGGUCAGCCUACCGGAUCCGGGACCAGAUCUGGGAUGUGUACUACAGACUGAACAUCCGCGAUGCCAUCAGCUUUGUGGACCAGGGAGGCCACAUCUUGUCCUCUGCAGGCCUCACUCUGCCCUCUAUGCCUAGCCGAAAUUCUGUGGCAGAGACCUCUGUCACCAACCUGCUGAGGGAGAGUGGCAGUGGAGCGUGUCUGGAUCUGCAGGUGAUUGACACAGUGCGCAGUGGCCGGGACCGGGAGGAUGCAGCGAUGCAUCAUCUGCUCUGUGGAGGUCUCUACAAGCCACGCCGCAGGUACAAAGCUAGCUGCGGCCGUCACUUCAUCUCUGAGGAUGCACAGGAGCGACAGGACAAGGAGGUCUUCCAGCAGAACAUGAAGCGACGGCUCGAGUCCUUCAAGUCCACCAAACACAACAUCUGCUUCACCAAGAGCAAGCCACGACUCCGUAAAGCUGGCCACAAGAAGAAGGAUGGUGUGGCCAACGCUGAGGCUACAAAUGGGAAACCUCCUCGAGACCUUGGCUUUCAGGACACAGCUGCUGUGAUACUGACCGUGGAGUCUGAGGAGGAGGAGAGCGAUAGCUCAGAGACUGAGAAGGAAGAUGAUGAAGGGAUCAUCUUUGUGGCUCGAGCCACUAGUGAGGUUCUCCAAGAGGGCAAGGUCUCAGGAAGCCUUGAGGUGUGCCCUAGCCCACGUAUCAUUCCCCCCUCCCCAACCUGUGCAGAGAAGGAACUACCCUGGAAGAGUGGGCAGGGAGACCUGGCCGUGUACGUGUCUUCAGAAACCACCAAGAUUGUGCCCGUGGACAUGCAAACGGGCUGGAACCAGAGCAUCUCAUCCUUGGAGAGCCUGGCAUCCCCUCCUUGUACCCAGGCCCCUACUCUCACCCGCUUGCCUCCCCACCCACUGGGCAUCGAAGAGCCCCAAGUCCCUCCUGACCUGUCUUCUGACCCUCGCUCUAGCUUUGCCUUUCCCCCAAGUCUGGCCAAGGCUGGCCGCUCUCGCAGUGAAAGCAGUGCUGACAUCCCCCAGCAGCAGGAGCUGCAGCCCCUCAUGGGCCACAAGGACCACACUCAUCUUAGUCCUGGCACUGCCAACUCCCACUGGUGCAUCCAGUUCAAUAGAGGGAGCCGGCUGUAGCCCAGGGCCUUGGGGAGGAGCAGGGUGUGGAGCCCCUGUGGGGAGUGCUCUUCAGGCAACAGGCAGAAGAGUCUACUCAGCCUGGCAUGGGGCCAGAGGGGCCUGGACUGAAGUGGAAACUGGGCCUCCUUGGGGCUAGGUCAGUGGGGUCUCCUGGGCUGGUUCUCACUGGGACCCUUCUUACCCUCUCCCUGCUCUUAUCCCCUUCCACCUUCCAUUUCACUAAUAACUCAGGAUCCAGUCCAGAGUUCUUGGGGUUAGUUCCGAAGCUGAUGUCCCUUUCCCAGGGCAUCUUCCCUGGAGUCACUGUUGGCAGCUGUUCCUGACCCCAGAGCAAGGGCAUUGUUCCACAGUGGAUGCUGGUCUUCCCUAUCCUCUACUUCCUCCCCACCAACAGGUCAGGGAUAGUGCCAUGACAGCGAAGCUCAGUGAGGUGCUGGUCCUCAGAGUGAUUGGAGUGAGACAUCAAGCAGGCCUCAACCUUGGGCUUAGCUAAACUGUUGGGUCAGCUACCCAUGCUCACUUUUUUUAGGCAGUGGGAACCUACUGGUUCCACAUCUGGUCUUCACCCCUUUCUCCAGCUGCCAGAUAUUGGGAUAAUGGUGCCUCUGUUUCCAGGACCUAGGCCCUGGCCAGGCUUCAGUUCAGGGCUGUUGCUUAGCCAGUCUACUGCCUCUGGUCUCAACCAAGUGUCCCAGGGCCACUGAUCCAUUGCUGUGGGGGCUGGGAUACCUGGAUCUAGUGUUGGGGGGUGGUGUGAAUGAGUGAAAGGUAGUUUUCCUGGGGUUAGCCCCUGCCUGUUUUGUACCUGGAGCUCAAGAUCUAUUAAACAUCUCAGAUG